AUAUGUUUGUUAUCGCUUCUGCACGUGUGAUGUGAUGUUUACUGUUUUCAAAAAGACCCAAUAUUAUUACUUAUACUAAGAAUAAUAUUGUUAAUUAAGUAAACAUGGGCAAGAAAGUGCACAAUGCCAAGGCGCGGCAGAAUCCGCACACCAUAGUGGACAAUUCGGCCGUGAAGAAGAUCCAGAUCGAUGUGGAAGCAGUGGCCGGCGGCAGCCAGGCGGGAUACGAUGAGGCCAACGCCCUGGUGCUGCCCUCCGGGAAGCGGGCCACCAAGAUCAAGGUGGACAAGGUGCAGCACGUGAAGAUCCUCACCAAGAAGCAGCGCAAGCACCUGCAGGCGAUUGUGGACAAAAAGAAGAAGAAGGAGGGCCGCGCCCAGCUCUUGGGCGACCUGGCCGCCGUGCAAAUCCCGGAGACGGAGCUGCAGCAGUACACCUCCAUCAGUCAGGUGCAAACGGUGGGCCUGAAGCGUCUGCCCACGCUGGAUGAGUAUCUGGCCAAGAAGAAGGAGCGACAGGCGCAGGCACUGGCCGAGAAGAGCUCGGGCUCGGGCUCUGGCCACCGAGCGAAUGUGAAUGCCAUCAAGGGCUCCAAGCGCAAGCUGCUCGUCGAGGAGGAGGAAGAGCUGGAGGCCAAGCGCAGGAAUCCGAAUGUGGUGAGCUUGGAGCAGGACGAUGACUCUUCUGACGACGCGGAAGAUGAGGAAGACGAAGUGCAACCCACUCCAGCUGCCAUACCAACACCAGUUGCCGUUGCUCCACCAAAAAUCGUGGUGAAACCGCCGCCAACGAAAGAAAAGUCAAAACCAGAGCCUGCUCCACCCGCCUGCGUCGUCCACCAGACCGUUUAUGUGCCCGUGCAUCGCUCCACGGAGGUGCAGGAGGCCCGCCUGCGACUGCCCAUCCUGGCCGAGGAGCAGCAGGUAAUGGAGACCAUCAACGAGAAUCCCAUUGUGAUCGUGGCCGGCGAGACGGGCUCCGGAAAGACCACCCAGCUGCCGCAGUUCCUGUACGAGGCGGGCUACGCGCAGCACAAGAUGAUCGGGGUGACGGAGCCGCGGCGAGUGGCCGCCAUUGCCAUGUCCAAGCGCGUGGCACACGAGAUGAAUCUGCCCGAGAGCGAGGUGUCCUACCUCAUCCGCUUCGAGGGCAACGUAACGCCGGCCACGCGCAUCAAGUUCAUGACCGAUGGCGUGCUGCUCAAGGAGAUCGAAACGGACUUCCUGCUCAGCAAGUACUCGGUGAUCAUUCUGGACGAGGCGCACGAGCGCAGCGUCUACACGGACAUCCUGGUGGGCCUGCUCUCGCGCAUCGUGCCCCUGCGCCACAAACGUGGCCAGCCGCUCAAGCUGAUCAUCAUGUCCGCCACAUUGCGUGUCACCGAUUUCACGGAGAACACGCGCCUCUUCAAGAUUCCGCCGCCGUUGCUGAAGGUGGAGGCGCGCCAGUUCCCGGUGACCAUUCACUUCCAGAAGCGCACGCCCGACGACUACGUGGCGGAGGCCUAUCGCAAGACCCUGAAGAUCCACAACCAGCUGCCCGAGGGCGGCAUCCUGAUCUUUGUCACGGGCCAGCAAGAGGUAAACCAGCUGGUGCGCAAGCUGCGACGCACGUUUCCAUAUCAACCGGUUGCCAAGCAGGAGGCGGAAAACGCAGAAGCCUUGGAGGAAACAAAGGAUGGUGCUGAUGCCGAGACAACUGAAACUGUGGAGGAUCCCAAGGAGCUGGAAUUCGACAUGAAACGAACUAUACGCAACAUACGCAAGUCGAAGAAGAAGUUCCUGGCCCAGAUAGCGCUGCCCAAAAUCAAUCUGGACGACUACAAGCUGCCGGGCGAUGACACGGAGGCGGACAUGCACGAGCAGCAGGAUCUAGAGGAGGGAUUGGAGGACGAGGACGAGAACGAGGAGGAACUGGGACUGGAAGGGCAGUCCUCCGGCCAGAGGCAACCCCUUUGGGUGCUGCCCCUCUACUCGCUGCUCUCCUCGGACAAGCAGAACCGCAUCUUCCAGCCCGUGCCCGAGGGCUGCCGGCUGUGCGUGGUCAGCACCAAUGUGGCCGAGACCUCGCUCACCAUUCCGCACAUCAAGUACGUGGUGGACUGCGGCCGUCAGAAGACCCGUCUCUACGACAAGCUGACCGGUGUGAGCGCCUUUGUGGUGACGUACACGUCAAAGGCCUCGGCGGAUCAGCGGGCGGGACGAGCGGGUCGCAUUAGCGCCGGCCAUUGCUACCGGCUCUACUCGAGCGCCGUGUACAACGACUGCUUCGAGGACUUCGCCCAGCCCGACAUCCAGCGGAAGCCCGUGGAGGAUUUGAUGCUGCAGAUGCGCUGCAUGGGCAUCGAUCGCGUGGUGCACUUUCCCUUUCCAUCGCCGCCGGAUCAGGUGCAGCUGCAGGCGGCCGAGCGGCGAUUGACCGUGCUGGGUGCUUUGGAGGCCCAGGCUACCACAUCCGAGAAGACUCUGGACCUGCCGCCAGCUGUCACCCGUUUGGGCCAGGUCAUCUCACGCUUUCCGGUGGCGCCGCGCUUCGGCAAGAUGCUGGCCCUGUCCCACCAGCAGAACCUGCUGCCCUACACCGUCUGCCUGGUGGCCGCCCUCUCCGUCCAGGAGGUGCUCAUCGAGACGGGCGUGCAGCGGGACGAGGAUGUGGCGCCCGGCGCCAAUCGCUACCACCGCAAGCGCCAGAGUUGGGCGGCCAGUGGCAAUUACCAGCUGCUCGGGGAUCCCAUGGUCUUGCUGCGGGCCGUCGGGGCAGCCGAAUACGCCGGAUCCCAAGGCCGGUUGCCGGAGUUCUGUGCCGCCAACGGACUGCGCCAGAAGGCGGUCAGCGAGGUGCGUAAGCUGCGCGUGCAGCUGACCAACGAGAUCAACCUGAACGUGAGCGAUGUGGAGCUGGGCGUGGAUCCCGAACUGAAGCCGCCCACGGAUGGCCAGGCGCGGUUCCUGCGGCAGAUUCUACUGGCCGGCAUGGGCGACCGGGUGGCCAGGAAGGUGCCGCUGGCCGACAUCGCUGACAAGGAGGAGCGUCGCCGGCUGAAGUACGCCUACCACUGUGCCGACAUGGAGGAGCCGGCCUUCCUGCACGCCUCGUCGGUGCUGCGCCAGAAGUCGCCCGACUGGGUGGUCUACCAGGAGGCGUACGAACUGCAGAACGGCGACUCCACCAAGAUGUUCAUCCGCGGCAUCACCGCCAUCGAGCCGGAGUGGCUGCUGCUAUAUGUUCCCCUGCUCUGCAACAUACGUGAGGUGCGCGAGGAUCCUGCUCCCCGGUUCGACAACACCUCCGGCAAGAUCUACUGCCAUGUGGACGCCACGUUUGGAAAGUCCGGCUGGGAGCUGCCACUCGGUGAGGUGGAGAUGCCGCUCAGCGAGAAGGCCUGCUGUUACUUCGGCAUGUUCCUGUUGGAUGGCCAAGUGUGCCCCCGGCUAGCCGACUUCCGAGGCAAACUGAAGUCCACGCCCGCCUCCGUGAUCAAGAGCUGGUCCAGCAUGAACGACAAGGUGCUGCGCUUCAAGCGAGCCCUUAUCACCAAGCAGAUCCACAGCCGCCAGGCGCUGCUCGACCAGUGGACUAGCGAUCCCCACUUCCUUUUGGAGGAGUAUCAGAAUCUUCUCUAUGACGUGGCCCUCAGCCAAUUGACGCCCCUGUGGCCACCAGUUGACAAGAAGAAACUAUAGAAGCUAGUUAACGAGCGGGGGGAUCUGAUCUUUUGUAUAACAAGUUUCAUUUAUUAUUUAUUUAAUUGAUAUAUAUUUAUAUAAUUUUUUAUGUAUAAUAUAAAUAUGAAAUUUGUUUUAAAUGGAACUAAAAAAAAUGGAGUGGAGUGAGGGGGAAUACAAAUGUUUUUUGUUUGUUAACAGCUAAGUUUCGAUUAAAGUUUAAUACAAUCCAUAUAUAUAUGUACAUAGAAAUAAUCAA